UUCUUACAAAGACGUUCAAACAAAGCAACAGGCAGAGAAGCUAAACACCAAAAAAUACAGCAACAGACUCAAAAAGGAAAAGAUAACUACACAUACUCGUCUCUUCUUAUUCCUUUUUUGCCACAAAGCCCAACAUGGAGUGAGGGGGAAAAGCGUUUUCCAAAAUUGACACCAAAGCAACACCGCCUCCAAUAGUCCCUUUUUCGCGCGCGCAAACUGAAAAUUGCCACUCAUACUCACGCACGAGAUGGGUAAUCGUCGGUUCGCGCAGGUGGCUAUCAGCGACGAGGAGGAUAAUACGGUGCCGCCUUCUCGGAACUCAAAAGGCGAUGAAAAUCAGAACCAGAGGAAGCGUAAAAAGGUACACCUCCCAGAUGACGAUGAGGAAGAGGAGGAAGCGAAAUUGAGUGAGCAAGAUAAGAAUAACAAGAAUAAGAAGAAGAAGAAGAAGAGCGAAGAGCCUGAGCCUGAGCCUGAUGCCUCCAGUGAAAACGAGGAGCAGGAGGAUUUGGAAGCACAGCCGCUGGGUGAGGUGGUUAGGGUUUCGGGGAAAGGGAGGGGGAGGAGGAGUCAUUACGCUUCCUUCGAGUACGAUGGUCUUCAGUAUCAGCUUGAGGAUCCAGUGCUUUUAGUUCCUGAGAAAGGAAAUCAGAAGCCCUAUGUGGCAAUAAUUAAGGACAUUGCUCAAACCCGGGAAGGGGCUAUGAUGGUUACAGGACAGUGGUUCUAUCGUCCGGAGGAGGCAGAAAAAAGGGGAGGUGGAAAUUGGCAAUCAAGUGAUACUAGGGAACUGUUCUAUAGUUUCCACAGGGAUGAAGUACCUGCAGAAUCUGUGAUGCACAAGUGUGUGGUGCACUUUAUACCUCUACAUAAGCAGAUUCCACAUCGCAAACAACACCCUGGCUUCAUUGUGCAAAAAGUAUAUGACACUGAACAGAGGCGGCUCUUUAAGUUAACAGACAAAGACUAUGAAGACAACAAACAGCAUGAGAUUGAUCUUCUUGUUCAAAAGACCCUUGCAAGGCUUGGAGACCUUCCUGACCUUGAGCCUGGGGACGCUAAUGUUGAUCAUGAAGAUCAAAUAAAGAAUAAGCGACUUUUGAGAAGGAGGAAUGUGUCACCUUUGGACGUUUCUAGGGAGGACGAAGGAGUAGGUAGAUCUCAAUCAUUUAAAGCAGAAACUCCUGGAAGUGCUGGUGGUAUUGCAUCAGAAUAUUACACUAUUCUUUCAAAUUUUAAGCUGCUGACAGGGGAAACACAACGUGACAAGUGGUUGGAAAAGCUUCUUCAAUCAAUUCAAUUCGUAUGUGCUCCUGUGCCCAGUCAGCAGAAUGAUGUGGAAGAACACAGUGACAACAAGAAUCAAAAUCACGGAAAUGAAUCUCAUGACAAGAUUCAAAAUGGUGGUGGAUCAUUUGACUGGCCAGAUGCAGCUGUUCCGGUAGUGGCUGCUCUUGAGAAUGCUGCACAUGAUACACUUUCUGCUGAUUUUCAGAAGUAUAACCAAAAGAUGCGGCAAUUAGCAUUCAAUCUGAAGAGCAAUGCUGUAUUAGCUCGCCGUUUCUUGAAUAAGGAGUUGGAUCCUGCUCAGAUACUGAAUAUGUCACCUAAUGAAUUAAAGGAGGGGUUAACAGCAGAGGAACUGGCAAGCAGGCAGCCAGAGGAGUCGGGGCGCAUGCAGAUGACUGAUGCUCGUUGUAAAAGAUGCAUGGAGAAACAAGUGGGUUUGAUAGAUAUUAUUCAAACCGGACAUGGCGACCGCUACCAGCUGGAAUGUGUUGCCUGUGGCAAUACCUGGUAUGCUUCUAGAGAUGAUGCUGCCGCAUUGACGAUAGAAGGGCCAAGUUCUGGCAAGACCGUGGGCACUGCACCAUUGGCCACAGCCAAGUUUGAAGAUGUUGAGAAGAAUUUGGUGAGUCCGCGUGGAGCUGAGAGAGGAGCAAAUGAUGUCCUGAAGAAAACAACGGAAGCAUUUGUGCCGGUACUGGAGAACCAGAGAUCAUUUAACAAGACUAGAGCCGAGGAAACUCCUGCCACCACCAAGGCUAAGUAACAUGUGCAUCCAACACCCAGUGUUGUGUGUAUUGUGGUUUACGUCGUCUCUGUAAAUGGGUUAAUUUCAUGACGUUGCCUGUGGAUAGCUAAUUGUGUCGGUAGUUUAGGUAUGCAAGGUAGGGAAGACGGUGCAUCAGGUCAAACUAAUAGCUAGCGUAUUUAGAGUUGAGUGUAAUUUUGGCCUAGUUCUAGAACUUGACAGACGCAUUACAGUAGUUUUGGCGAUUAUAGGUAAAAUCUUAGAACUUUGGUAGUGAGAGUUUAAGAUAGUUGCACAGAUUUGGGGCCGGAAGUAAUCAGAAGUGGAGAGGGAGUGGAAGUAUGUAAGAGGAACUAUUUUGCAGUCACUAGUUUAAUUG